AUGCAACUCCAGACUCUAGUUGUGCUUCUGUGCCUCGAAAUCUGCACCGCACCUCUGGCCCCCCUGGCUCUCCUCCGGGGGUCGUCAGCGCCUGCCGUCUACGCAAGUGUCCUUCAGCCACGCGCUCUAUGCAAGUUCUCGCUGCAGGAGCGCAAACUACAGCUGCAGCGCGGCGCGUAUGUGACAGUGCAGGAGGUGGUUUGCGCGCAGCAAAGGCCGCGCCUCGCCCUGGGUGUACGUGACGCUGCAGGACCCUUGCGCCUGACAUGCCUGCAGGCCCAGGCGUUCGUAGAUAUGCACGUGGUACGCACUGGGUGUGUAUUGGUGCAGGACGACUUGCAGGCUGCUGGCGAUUCACGUCCCAACCUCACCGUUUAGGAGCUGCAUCCUCGUGCGACCAGAAAACCAACCUCCUGAUAACGGCGCAAGGACAUACAUAUUUUAUCUUAUGUAGUCGACGUUAUU